AUGGUAUCAUCGCAAGAAGCUCUCGAAUUGAUACCCAAGAUUUCAGGAGGACUGAGUUUCGUAUUCAGUCUCUCGACUGCAGUGUACAUCAUAUUCUUUAGUGAAGAUGCAAAGAAGGGAUUCUACAACCGGUUGGUGAUCGGGAUGUGCUUUGCUGAUAUGCUGAGCAGUUUUGCACAUUUUUUGAGCACAUGGCCAAUGCCAGCUGAUUCAGGUGCAGCUUUCGCUGUUGGAAAUGAAGCGACGUGUCGUAUACAAGGAUUCUUCACUCAGUAUAGCAUCUCAUCACAUUUGUACGUUGCUUCGAUGGGUGCAUUCUACUUAUUGGCGAUCAAAUAUGGUUGGAAAGAGAAGCAUUUUGCCAAGUGGGGUCAUCUUUUUCACUUGAUACCAAUUGGAUUUGGUCUUGCGUCUUCUAUCACUGUCACUGUUAUGGACAUCAUUGGGCCAGCGAUCCUCUGGUGCUGGAUCGCGCCACAAGAAGACAGGCCAGAUCUCGACGUGAACCUGUAUCGAAUGGUUCUUUUUUACGUCCCAUUGUGGUCAGCAAUGCUAUUUGUCGGGAUCAACUUGAUUUUUGUCUUUCUAUACGUCCAUAGAGUGACAAAAGUUGCGGAAGGACACGUGACCAAGUGGAUGCCAUCAAAGUCAGUUAGGAAUAUUUCGCAAGAUGCGAAAGGAAAUGACGAAGACGAAAUGUACUGUGGACAAGAAAUUAGUACUGAUAGCUCAUCAGCAGAUGUAGAUAGCGAAGGCUUGGGGCCACUCGACGACAGUGCAAGCAUCGGCUCGUCAGAAGAUGCAGCAGAUCAUGAUGGUAGAGUAUCCAGAAUUGUUCGAAAGAAACAAAAGCAGCAAAUCAAAAUGUACGCAAGGAGGAGACAAGAAAUCGCAAAUCAAUGCUUACGAUAUGCAAUGGCUUUCUACAUCACUUGGACGCCACUCUCAUGCGUUAGGAUAUUGCAGCUGAUUGGAAGACCAGUCCCAUAUGGUUUGCUUUUCCUGGCAGCGGCAAUGUCGCCACUUCAAGGUCUUCCGAAUCUGCUUGCAUUCUUGUACCCAAUGAUGAGAAAGAAGUGGAAGCUUCGAAAGCAUUCACAGAAGAAUGAAAACCCGAGGAAUGAGCAACGCCCGAGGAAUGAGCAACACGAUCCAAAAGAUGCCGUAAAAGAGAUGAAACCUCCGUCCAUUGUGGCCGGCCAACCGAAGCGGAAAAAGAAGACAAGUUCCGACCGCGGAAUUCACGGAUCCUCAGCUUGGGACAUCAACAUGGGUCGCCAGGAUACAUAUGACCUGGACGCGCAGAACUUUGAACUGUCUUCUGAAUUCAAAACUGAAGAGAAUGAUGACAUCUAUACAAAUCCAGAACUGUAUUUUAUGAGAAAGAAGUAA